UACCGUCAGUGCUUCCCAGGUGGACACUCCUUUAUAAUGAGUGCCCACAGGACAAAACCAUCCUAAUAGUUAAUUCCAAUCUGUUAAGGAUCUUCCUUUAACCAAAUCGUGGUUUUCUUUUCCUGAAAUUUGAUUAAACAGCUAAUAAGAAGUCAUUUGACUCAUUGUCAUUACACUUAUUUACGGAAAAUUCAUAAACCACAGAAAGAAACAAUUUGCAAUUAGUUGAAGAGGGUAGUGAAACUUACAAACUUGCAAUCAGAUUUCAUAAACCCAUUACACGGUUCACUUUUAGAGAAAGAGAAAAAAUGGCAAAUGGAGAUGAAGUUAGUAACAAUCAAAUUUUAUUUAGAGAUUACAUUUCUGGGUUUCCAAAAGAAACAGAUAUGAUACUAAGUACAUCAGCUACCAUUAAAUUGAAAGUUCCUGAAGGAUCAAAUUCUGUUUUGUUGAAGAAUCUUUACUUAUCUUGUGAUCCUUAUAUGAGAUGCAGAAUGACCCAAUCUGACAGUUAUGUUGCUGCUUUUACUCCUGGUUCACCAAUCACUGGAUAUGCCGUUUCCGAAGUCUUAGAUUCGGGAAACCCAAACUUCGAGAAAGGUGAUUAUGUCUGGGGAUUUGCUGGAUGGGAGCAGUACAGCCUCAUCAAGAACCCUGAUCCUUCGUCCCUAAGGAAAAUAAACUACACUGAUGUACCUCUUUCAUAUUACACGGGAAUCCUGGGUAUGCCUGGUAUGACUGCUUAUGUUGGGUUCAAUGUGCUUGCUUCUCCUAAAAAGGGAGAAUCUGUAUAUGUAUCGGCUGCAUCUGGUGCAGUUGGACAGAUUGUUGGUCAAUUUGCAAAGAUGAUGGGUUGUUAUGUUGUUGGAAGUGCCGGAUCAAAUGAAAAGGUUGAUUUGUUGAAGAACAAGUUUGGAUAUGAUGAUGCUUUUAAUUAUAAAGAAGAGGCAGACUUGACUGCAACUUUAGAAAGGUACUUUCCUAAGGGGAUUGAUAUUUACUUUGAGAAUGUGGGUGGAAAAAUGCUCGAGGCUGUGCUCCCAAAUAUGGCUGUCCAUGGUAGAAUCCCUGUUUGUGGAAUGAUUUCACAGUACAAUCUUCAGAAACCCGAUGGGGUUCACAACUUAACACAACCUGUCCUGAAACGUGUUCGUAUGGAAGGGUUCAAUGUUUCAGAUCACUUUCACCUUUACCCAGAGUUCAUGGAAUUGAUGAAGCAGUAUUUCAAAGAUGAAAAGUUAACUUAUGUUGAAGAUAUGGUGGAAGGUCUUGAGAGUGCUCCUGCUGCGUUAAUUGGUCUCUUUACCGGCCAAAACAUCGGGAAACAGGUAGUCAAAGUUGCUCAUGAAUGAUAAACUUCAUAGGGUGUGAACCAGAUGGCAGUUGCUGUUAAUACCCCUAGUAAGUGAUUAGCUAGUGAAUUGUGUUAUCCAUGAAAUAGUUUUCCUUUUCUACUCUUUUGUUGUUAUCCGUGUGGUAAAGUCACCGGGUGAUGAUAACAGUGACCUGAGUUCGAAACUUUGUCCUUGUGGUCCCUUGUAGUUUCCAUCUUCUUUCAACAAAUUUCUCAUCCUUCACCCAUCCAA